UGCGUCGAGCUCGCCGCGAACCCAAGAUGGCGGUGUGUGGACGUGUACGGAGGAUGUUUCGCUUGUCGGCGGCGUUGCAGCUGCUGCUGCUAGCGGCAGCCGGGGCCCAGAAUAGCCACGGUCAGGCCCAGGGUCUGGGGGCCAACAUUGGAUCUUUGCUAGGGCAAUCUGAAGGCGGCAGCCCGGCGGGGCAGCAGCUGCUUCAGUUAUCGCAGCAGCAGAAGCAGCCGCCUCAGCAGCAGCAGCCUCCUUUCCCGGCGGGCGGGCCCCCAGCCCGGCGGGGCGGAGCGGGGCCCGGUGGGUCUGGCGGAGGCUGGAAGCUGGCGGAGGAAGAGUCCUGCAGGGAAGACGUGACCCGUGUGUGCCCCAAACACACCUGGAGCAACAACCUGGCGGUGCUCGAGUGCUUGCAGGACGUGAGGGAGCCUGAGAAUGAAAUUUCUUCAGACUGCAAUCAUUUGUUGUGGAAUUACAAGCUGAACCUGACUACUGAUCCCAAAUUUGAAUCUGUGGCCCGAGAGGUUUGCAAGUCAACUAUAUCAGAGAUUAAAGAAUGUGCUGAAGAACCAGUUGGUAAAGGUUACAUGGUUUCCUGCUUGGUGGAUCACCGAGGCAACAUAACUGAAUAUCAGUGUCACCAAUACAUUACCAAAAUGACAGCUAUCAUUUUCAGUGAUUACCGUUUGAUUUGUGGCUUCAUGGAUGACUGCAAAAAUGACAUCAACAUUUUGAAAUGUGGCAGUAUUCGCCUUGGUGAAAAGGAUGCACAUUCACAAGGUGAGGUGGUAUCAUGUUUGGAAAAGGGCCUGGUGAGAGAAGCAGAAGAAAAAGAGCCCAAGGUUCAAGUGUCUGAACUCUGCAAGAAAGCCAUUCUCCGUGUGGCCGAGCUGUCCUCAGACGACUUUCAUUUGGACCGGCAUUUGUAUUUUGCUUGCCGAGAUGAUCGGGAGCGCUUUUGUGAAAAUACGCAAGCUGGUGAAGGAAGAGUAUAUAAAUGUCUUUUUAACCAUAAAUUUGAAGAAUCCAUGAGUGAAAAGUGUAGAGAAGCACUAACUACACGCCAAAAGCUCAUUGCUCAGGACUAUAAAGUCAGUUAUUCAUUGGCCAAAUCCUGUAAGAGUGACUUGAAGAAAUACCGGUGCAAUGUGGAAAACCUUCCUCGGUCCCGGGAAGCUAGGCUCUCCUACCUCCUGAUGUGCCUGGAGUCAGCUGUACACAGAGGGCGACAAGUGAGCAGUGAGUGCCAAGGGGAGAUGUUAGAUUACCGACGUAUGCUGAUGGAAGAUUUCUCUCUGAGCCCUGAGAUCAUCCUGAGCUGCCGAGGGGAGAUUGAACACCACUGUUCUGGAUUACAUCGCAAAGGGCGAACGCUCCACUGUCUGAUGAAAGUAAUUCGGGGUGAAAAAGGGAACCUCGGAAUGAACUGCCAGCAGGCGCUUCAGACACUGAUUCAGGAGACUGACCCUGGAGCAGACUACCGCAUUGACCGAGCUUUGAAUGAAGCUUGUGAGUCUGUAAUACAGACAGCCUGCAAACACAUACGAUCCGGAGACCCAAUGAUUCUCUCAUGUCUGAUGGAACAUUUAUAUACAGAGAAAAUGGUGGAAGACUGUGAACACCGACUCUUAGAGCUGCAGUAUUUUAUCUCUCGGGAUUGGAAGUUGGACCCUGUUUUAUACCGAAAAUGCCAGGGAGAUGCUUCUCGCCUUUGCCAUACCCAUGGUUGGAAUGAAACCAGUGAACUUAUGCCUCCUGGAGCGGUGUUUUCUUGCUUAUAUAGACAUGCCUACCGUACAGAAGAACAGGGAAGAAGGCUUUCACGAGAAUGCCGAGCUGAAGUACAAAGGAUCCUACACCAGCGUGCCAUGGAUGUUAAGCUGGAUCCUGCCCUCCAGGAUAAGUGCCUGAUAGACCUUGGGAAAUGGUGUAGUGAGAAAACAGAGACUGGGCAGGAGCUUGAGUGCCUCCAGGAUCAUCUUGAUGACUUAGCUGUGGAAUGCAGAGACAUAGUGGGCAACCUCACCGAGUUAGAGUCUGAGGAUAUCCAAAUAGAAGCUUUGCUAAUGAGAGCCUGUGAACCUAUUAUUCAGAACUUUUGCCACGAUGUGGCAGACAACCAGAUAGACUCUGGGGACCUGAUGGAGUGUCUGAUACAGAACAAACACCAGAAGGACAUGAAUGAGAAGUGUGCCAUUGGAGUCACUCAUUUCCAGCUGGUACAGAUGAAGGAUUUUCGAUUCUCUUACAAGUUCAAAAUGGCCUGCAAGGAGGAUGUGUUAAAACUUUGUCCCAACAUAAAGAAGAAGGUUGAUGUAGUGAUCUGCCUGAGCACCACUGUACGAAACGACACUCUACAGGAAGCCAAGGAACACCGGGUGUCACUGAAGUGCCGCAAGCAACUCCGUGUGGAGGAGCUGGAGAUGACGGAGGACAUCCGUUUGGAACCAGAUUUGUAUGAAGCCUGCAAGAGUGAUAUCAAGGGCUACUGUUCUACAGUGCAGUAUGGAAAUGCUCAGAUUAUUGAAUGUCUGAAAGAAAACAAGAAGCAGCUGAGUACCCGUUGCCACCAGAAAGUAUUUAAGCUUCAGGAGACAGAGAUGAUGGACCCAGAACUAGACUAUACACUUAUGCGAGUCUGUAAGCAGAUGAUUAAGCGAUUUUGUCCAGAAGCAGAUUCCAAAACCAUGUUACAGUGUUUGAAGCAAAAUAAAAACAGUGAAUUGAUGGAUCCCAAAUGCAAACAGAUGAUAACUAAGCGCCAGAUCACCCAGAACACAGAUUACCGCUUAAACCCCGUGCUAAGGAAAGCCUGUAAAGCUGACAUUCCUAAAUUCUGUCAUGGUAUCCUGACCAAAGCAAAGGAUGAUUCAGAGCUAGAAGGCCAAGUCAUCUCGUGCCUCAAGCUGAGAUAUGCUGACCAGCGCCUGUCCUCAGACUGUGAGGACCAGAUCCGCAUCAUCAUCCAGGAGUCUGCUCUGGAUUACCGCCUGGACCCUCAGCUCCAGCUGCACUGCUCAGAAGAGAUUGCCAGCCUGUGUGCUGAAGAAGCCGCAGCCCAGGAGCAAACGGGCCAAGUGGAAGAAUGCCUCAAGGUUAACCUGCUCAAGAUCAGAACAGAUCUGUGUAAAAAGGAAGUAUUAAACAUGCUGAAGGAGAGCAAGGCAGACAUCUUUGUGGACCCCGUUCUUCACACAGCAUGUGCCUUGGACAUUAAACACCACUGUGCAGCCAUCACCCCCGGCCGAGGGCGUCAGAUGUCCUGCCUGAUGGAGGCCUUGGAAGAUAAGCGGGUGAGGUUGCAGCCAGAGUGCAAAAAGCGCCUCAAUGACCGAAUUGAAAUGUGGAGUUAUGCAGCCAAGGUGGCCCCAGCAGAUGGCUUCUCUGAUCUUGCCAUGCAAGUGAUGACAUCUCCCUCAAAGAACUAUAUACUAUCUGUGAUCAGUGGGAGCAUCUGCAUAUUGUUCCUGAUCGGCCUGAUGUGUGGACGGAUCACUAAGCGUGUGACACGAGAGCUCAAGGACAGUACAGGCCAGAAAUGGUGGCGUCUACAGAUUUAGCAUGGUCUCGGAUAUGUGACUGGCAAUGAAGCCUGACUGUGUACACGCCCGGCAGACUUCCCAGACAAGCUCUUCUGUGCCUCUAUAUGAAGGGACGUGGAAAGUGAUUGCAUUAAAAGAUGCAGGAUUUUCUCCGUUUUUGUUUUUCCUUUCCUUUCUGCUCAUUUGGUGUGUGUACCCACUCUAGUAGGCACUGGCUAAAUGUUAUAUUUUGGUGAUUUGUCAACUUUCUAAAACCUGUGCUUUACAGGAGCAAGAUUCUCAGCUGUCUUCCCUCGGUCCUCCAGUGUGAAAAUGACAGGGUUAGGGCGUAAGAGGAGGACCAGGCAUUGCAGCUCACCUUUGGUGAGUUCGGGCCAUGGCGUCACAGUGGCUGUACAGUAGGGUGGCAUGUACAGUAGGAGAUAUAUUUAUAUAAUAUAUAUUUUAUUAACCUGUUAGAUGUCCACAAAGUAUUAUAAAUCAUGUGCCUAAAACUGUCCGCAUAGACCCAGGCCCUUUGCAGUGCCCUCUGCUCCUGCCUCCCGUGUGCAGCCGGGCGUGUGUCUUCCUGGGACGCCCAGUGCCAGCAAUGUCAGUUACACACAGUCGCUCCAGGCUCCUCGUCUGACCCGACUGGCGUUCAUUGGAAUACUGUGGUUUUCUUUCUUGCUGCCUUCUCUGAUGGCAGUGAGUUCCUGGGCCAUUGACUGUCCCUGUAUAGAGUAACAGAAGUCGCCAAGGGGAGCUGCUUGCUAAGCUGCCUGGUCCCCUCAUUACUGCUUUUAGAGUCUUCCUGAUUCUCAGCAGGUGUCUUGGGAGUCUUGCGUUUCAUGAGACUUAAAAUCCCUGCUCUGUAAGCAACACCCUCACUGCUAACUGGCUAACACAGUCUUUAAAGUCCCUCCCUCUCCAGGAGUCUCAGUGUCACACUGAGACUGAUACCCAGAACUGCAAACGUUGUUGAAGGUAGCCCCCUGACAUCUUGGUGAUUUGGGGUCACAUUGAUGUUCACCAUUAGACUACGGUAGGGUCAUGACUCUGAUCUCUGUAGCCCCCUUUCUGUUUCUACAGUGACGGGAGUCCGCACUGCCUUCAGAUUUGGAGGUUUGAUGAGUUAGGGUCUUAAAAUAUUUGUCAUUAGAAAUUGAUGGUCAGAGUAGAAAAGAUAGCUCCUCUUGUCUUGAAUUACUUAGUAUAGGAAGUGUUCAUCUUCCAUGGAGUAGUUCUUACAACUGGCUUAGGCCUGAUCUCAAGCAGGUUUUUCUAGUCUGCCUAGGGGCCCAGUGCCGUCCAUUCUGUAGCUCACUGGCCAUAGUGCAGUGGGCUCUAGGGCACUCAAGCCCCUGGCCUCAUAAGUUAGUCCUGGGUAUAACUUAGUCAUGAACUGGUCAAGAAUCCAACCCUAUGGUGGGAGCCCAAGUCUGAGCCUUGCCUUUUGCUGUUCUACUUCCAUUGCCUAAGACUAGAAGUCGUCAGGAGGUUUGGGCCAAGGCUGGAGCAGAGCAGUCAGGUCACUGUGCCUUCGCCAGCUCAUGCCAGUGUCUUGGGGACUGUUAUUGGUACACUACCCUUUGCUGCUUAAAAACAUCAGAGAUCUGGACAGUGAGUUAGGAACCACACUCACCUUCUCUGAUGGGGCUAUUCCCAGUGAAAGAACACUCCAGAAAGAGGAAAGACAUUGAGUUUACCAGGCCUCAUCCCUGAACGGCAUUGCUCUUGCUGCUGUAGAGGAUACGCCAGCAGUCAGGCCCUGGGAAAGCCUUACCCUCUGCAUUCCCAGGAAACAUCUGGCUACCAUUUCCAGCCCUGGUUCUGUGGAUCAAGUCAGCAUGCUGAACCCAUGCUCCCUUCGUGGGUAGGGGCGGGGCACUCCAAGGCCACUAAUGAAGUGGCAUUAAGUAAUCAGGCAGUAACAGAGCCCGUUACAGGUACCAUGGCUGCCAUCUCCUGCUCUUAGAUAGGAACAUCCAGGCCAGCAUGGGGUCAAAAAUGUGUGAGGAAGAGUCCGUGUCCCAGAUGAGUUACAGAAAGUUAUUACCCAAAUGUAUGUCUUCCUGUUUCCUGAAGUCAGCUGGUAGCAGACACACUAGGUCGGGGGCCGUGGUUAGUGCUCUUGGCCUUCCUGAGAGCAUUCGCUCCUGUGUAUCACUGUGACUUCUGGACUCCCCAUGCAUCUGGUCUUAAGUUCUCCUGAAAAUGUACCUCCCUUCCCAUUCUUUCCCCUGUCUCCAAACAAAAACAAACUGUCUCCACUUACAUGAGGCUCGGUAUCUCACAAGUCAGCCAGGUGGUGACUUUUUUAAUUACAUGCCUCUUGGAAGUUUGUGUUUCAACUUCUUGAGAAUUUGGAAACACAAAGUUCAGAAUGCCCCCCUGGAUUUCUCUGCCCUACUUGGUUUCGGUUCCCAAAGGGCUGUACCUGCUAUUCUGGUCUCCCCUCCCCUCCUUGUAGCUUUGAUUUGCCAUCUGUCCAGCCACACCUUUCCUUGGCCUCUCCACUAGGGAGGCCAGUGUCACCUGUUAAAGUGAUCAAGUUUAAAGUCAAAUUUUCCUUCUUGCUACCCAGUUCUCAGACAACAGUGAGUUAUAAACAAACCAAGAUUAACCCUCAAAGUGGCACUCCCCUGAGCCGACAGACUGGUGUACGGGCUCAGGGGCUGCUUGUCACCUAAAAUACAAAGACACAGCUGUCUGCACAGGCAGAUGGUGACAGGGUCCUGACAGGUCUCCACCCCCUACCUGGUCACUGAGCGCCCAGCAGAGGACAGCUCCCUAGUGAGGAGACAUGCAGACCAUGCCUUUCCCCACCCAAACUGACAUGCGAACCUCAGAGUAUGGAGUCCUUUGCUGGUCACUCAGCAGCACGCAGGGCCAUCCCUGCAGGAAGACAGAGGACACAGUGAGUGCUGUCCCAGAUCUCGGGCCUCUAACCUGUUUUUGCUUUUCAGUUUUGUUUUUGUUUUAACGAGAAGUACAAUUAACAAUCCUCUUUUGUAAAUGGAUUUCCUUUCUAUGUAUAAAACCCUGCAGUUCCUUGUUUUUUUACAUGUUCAUGCUGUGUCAUUUCAAGAUGUUACUGAGAUUCUGAACAUAAUGUGCAUUUUUUUCUGUACAGAUGAAAUGGGAGAAUUUAAUAAAGAGUUUGCAGGUUUGUA